AUGGCCACUGCCCAUCUUGAGAUGGACCAUGAAGCAGCUAUGAUCAUUCUUAAAAACACAUGGAAUGACAGAGAGCUGAUCCAUUUAGUGGAUUAUUACUUCAAUCAUUGCCUACAGAUAUUAGAUUUCUACACUUCCCUGAAGAAUUGCCUGAGCCGGGCCCAUGAUAGCCAGUCGAGUGUUCAACUUGCACUUGUGCAAUUUGAGGAAGAGAGAGCAGAGGAUGUGGGAGGGAAGAGGUAUGUCAAGACAUUGCAGGAGCUCCAGAGAUUCAGAGAAGCAGGUGACCCAUUCACGGAAGAGUUCUCGACGCUCUUCCACUCCAUGUAUAAGCAGCAGGAAGAGAUGUUGCAGAAGUUGGAGGCUUGCAAGAAGAAGUUGGAGGCUUGCAAGAAGAAGCUUGACAAGAAAGUUAAAUCUGCACAAACUUGGAGAUGGGUGACCAUUGCCAUAUUUGUGACCGUCUUCGUGUCCACUUUCAUCCUGUCAGUCGUUAAGGUUGAUAAAGCUUGGCGACAUGUUGUGGUUACUCUAGCUGCUGCUCUGUCAGGUCCAAUAGUAACAUUUGGCAAGUGGUGCGAUUCUUGGUGGAAAACCCACCAAAGGAAACGAGAAGGGAAAAAGAAUUUGAUAGACCUAAUGAAUGUGGGAACUAGGAUCUCGAUUGAGGACUUGAAGACGAUUCGGUCGCUUGUGAGUAAGGUGGAAACUGAGAUUGCGUCGAUCUUGCAAAAUGCUGACUUAGCUCUUGGAGAAGAAGCGGUGGAGCUUGGAAUAUUGGAUUUCAAGAAAAUGGUGGAAGUCGUGAAAACCAUUAAAGAUCUCAGUAUACGAGCUACUAAGAGUAGCCGCGAGAUACAGACAGCGAGGAGAGUGAUAUCGAAGAGGAUAAUGGGACAAUCCAGUCGUUAG